UAGCCAAUGGUACACAGCACAAAUCUUCUCUUCUUUAAUAAUUUUUAGAAACACAAAUAAAAGUUUAGUUAAUUUUUUAAGCCCAGCAAAAAAAUGGGUUGUGCUCAAGCAGCCAUGCUGAUCCUCCUACUAGCAACGGCUAUCGCCUCUUGUGCCACGUCCAUGGACAUUGACAUGUCCGUCGUUUCCUAUGACGAUAACCACCACCUGACAGCCGGUCCAGGCCAUCGCCAGGGUGCCUUCGACGCUGAGGCCACCUUGAUGUUCGAGUCAUGGAUGAUCAAACAUGGGAAAGUGUACGAGUCUGUUGCAGAGAAGGAACGGCGUUUAACAAUUUUUGAGGACAACCUCCGUUUUAUCACUAACCGGAACGCUGAGAAUCUCAGUUAUCGGCUAGGUUUGAACCGGUUUGCCGAUUUAUCUCUCCAUGAGUACGGGCAGAUUUGCCACGGGGCUGAUGCAAGACCUACUAGGAACCAUGUCUUCAUGACUACUAGCAACCGAUACAAGACUAGUGCUGGUGAUGUGCUUCCUAAGUCCGUUGACUGGAGAAACGAAGGUGCAGUGACUGAAGUCAAAGAUCAAGGCCAUUGCAGGAGUUGUUGGGCUUUCUCCACUGUGGGAGCCGUGGAAGGCUUAAACAAGAUUGUGACGGACGAGUUGGUCACUUUGUCUGAGCAAGAUUUGAUCAAUUGUAACAAAGAAAACAAUGGUUGCGGAGGAGGCAAAGUCGAGGCUGCCUAUGAGUUCAUUAUGAACAACGGCGGUCUUGGUACCGACAACGAGUAUCCUUACAAAGCUGUUAACGGAGUAUGUGAUGGCCGCCUCAAGGGAAACAACAAUAAUGUUAUGAUUGAUGGAUAUGAGAAUUUGCCUGCAAACGAUGAAUCUGCUCUCAUGAAAGCGGUUGCUCACCAACCUGUGACUGCCGUUGUCGAUUCCAGCAGCCGAGAGUUUCAGCUUUAUGAAUCGGGAGUAUUCGACGGAACAUGCGGAACAAAUCUAAACCAUGGUGUUGUUGUGAUCGGGUAUGGAACUGAGAACGGUCGUGACUACUGGCUCGUGAAAAACUCGAGGGGGAACACAUGGGGGGAAGCUGGCUACAUGAAGAUGGCUCGCAACAUUGUCAAUCCAAGAGGCUUAUGUGGCAUUGCGAUGCGCGCUUCAUACCCUCUCAAGAGCUCGUUAUCUACCGAAAAAAGCUCCAUCGCUUAAUAAUAUAAACUAAGUGUAUGGUAUGCAAGGGAUCGGAUCGAGUGAGCCAACAACUUUAUUCGACUUUGAUGGAAAAAAUAAUGUAGUCGACUGGUUUGGUUUGGUUUUGUUAUAUAUCUUGCAUUUGUAUUGGGGUCAAUGUUUGGAGUUUGUAUAAUAUGUAUGGACAUUUCUUUGAGUCCACUGAUGAAUGAUUUCCGUUUUGCCAAAAAAUUCUUG